AGUCCAAGACACAAAAAGACUUGAAAAAUCGACUAUGGUCUCGAAGCCAAACUUCACUAGGAGAUGCACGUAAGUGAGGACGAGGGGAGGCAAUCACGUCUUGGCCGUCAAUCUCGAGCAGCCGCAUGGCAGACGUUGUCGUCGUGUAUCCCACGCUGACGUGGCCAGGGACAGUGUGAACAAAUUUUUUUCCCUUUUUAUUUGAUAUUUUCCAAGGGAGAGAAAAUAAUCUCUAAGAUUGUAAGAUAUAGAACGAGAAACAGGGGGCGGAGAGGCCGUCCAAGUGCAACAGAGAAAAAAUAGGAGAGAAGAUAGAGAGAGAGAGAGAGAGAUCUUUACUUUUCGUUCCUCUUCGGAAUUAUUUCGCCUCUCUUUCUCAGCCGGACUCUCGAUUCAGCGUGUUAUAUCUCCUCUUUCUUAGGGUUCUAAAAGAAAACCUUCUGAGACCAAUAACGUGAAACUUCAAAAAAUUAAAAAAAUAAGAAAAGAUAAAAGAAAAUUAACAGAGAAGAGCUGCGGACACAGAUCAGAUACCAAGAAUUUAAAUUAAUUAGCUAGAUCUUGCUUUUCUCUAACGUUUGAUCAAUGCUUCGUGUACAUUUUUCAGCUGUAUAGAAAUUUUUUAAUGUCGAAUAUUUAAGGUUUGUUUGGGAACGGAGAUUAGGCGGAUCGCGGUCGGAGAGAGAUGGGAUCCUUCUAGAUUGGUUCUAGAAGGUAGGGAUCUGCUGAUAGAGGUGUUUUAUUGAUCAUCGGAUGAGCGAAUCGUAAGGAUAAACGAUGAAAUGGGUAUCAUUGCUUAAGGACAUAAAGGAAAAGGUCGGUUUAGCUCAAUCUCCUUCAACUGGUGCUACUACAACAGCCAGUGCUUCUUCUUCUCGUUCUUCGGUCAAUCGCGAAAACAAUGCCUGCGCAGUUCUUCGAGACUACGCUUCUUCUCCUGCAAGAGACAAACAUGAGUUGGAAUUGGACUUCAAGAGGUUUUGGGAAGAAUUCCGUUCAUCCAGCUCGGAAAAGGAGAAAGAAGCCGCCUUGAAUUUGACUGUGGAUGCAUUUUGUAGAUUAGCAAAGCAGCAUUUUAAUGUAGCUCAGUUAGUUACCAUGUUAGUUGAAACACAUAUAUUCUCUUUUGUUGUGGGAAGAGCAUUUGUAAGUGAUAUUGAGAAGUUAAAAAUUAGCAGCAAAACAAGAUCACUGGAUGUAGCAAAAGUUUUAAGAUAUUUUUCGGAGGUCACAAAGGAAGGCAUCACUCCUGGUUCAAAUUUGUUAACUGCGGUAGAAGUUCUUGUAUAUGGGCCUAUUGAUAAACAAUCUCUUCUUGAUUCUGGAAUAUUGUGCUGUCUCAUACAUAUUCUCAAUGCUUUUUUGACUCCUGAUGAGGAUGAUCAGAUGCAAAAGACUAAUGAUUUUGAAGAGUCACUGCUAGCAAAAAAAAAUUGCAAUGAUGAUGUUGGGCAAGCCCACCAGCUUGAGAUAGAGGGCAGUGUUGUCCAUAUUAUGAAAGCAUUGGCAAGCCACCCUUCAGCGGCACAGAGUUUGAUUGAGGAUGAUUCACUUCAGUUACUGUUUCAGAUGGUUACUGAUGGUUCUUUAACUGUAUUCUCUUGUUUUAGGGAAGGUCAUGUUCCAUUGCACAGCCUACAGCUUCAUAGACAUGCAAUGCAGAUACUGGGUCUUCUUUUGGUCAAUGACAAUGGAAGCACUGCCAAAUAUAUACGCAAGCAUCAUCUGAUAAAAGUUCUGUUAAUGGCUGUUAAAGAUUUUAAUCCUGAUUGUGCUGACUCUGGCUACACUGUGGGCAUUGUGGACUUGUUACUUGAAUGUGUGGAAUUGUCUUACAAACCUGAGGCUGGUGGUGUGAGGCUCAGGGAGGAUAUACAUAAUGCCCAUGGUUAUCAGUUCCUUGUUCAUUUUGCACUAAUUCUGGCUUCCAUGCCACAAAAACAGGCAAUUGAUUCCACUUAUUCUAAGUCUCCUUCCAGUAAAAAAUUAGUUCCAGAAGGUUCUCAAGCAUUGUGUGAUGUAGAGAGACAGGACUUUAUGGGAGAGGAGGAUCCUUCACUGCAACAUCUUUCGCCCACACUGUCCAGGCUGCUUGACGUCCUUGUGAAUUUAGCUCAAACUGGUCCUACAGAAUCUUCUGAAGGCAAAGGAUCCAAGUCUUCUCAAUCCAAGGGCGGUGGUCACAGCAGAAGUCGUACAACACCAGCUGACUGGGUUGGUGAAGAAAUGUGGGAACAAGGAAAUGGUAAAGUGAAAGACCUUGAAGCAAUCCACAUGUUGCAGGACAUUCUUCUCAAGGCUGACAACAGAGAAGUGCAGGCUGAAGUGUUAGAUAGAAUGUUUAAAAUAUUCUCUAGUCACAUUGAAAACUAUAAGUUGUGCCAACAAUUACGGACGGUUCCACUUUUUAUCCUAAACAUGGCUAAUUUUCCUCAGUCUUUGCAAGAGAUAAUCUUGAAAAUCCUGGAAUAUGCUGUGACUGUUGUGAAUUGUGUUCCUGAGCAAGAAUUGCUCUCACUUUGUUGCUUGCUUCAGCAACCAAUAACAUCAGAGCUAAAGCAUACUAUACUUUCCUUCUUUGUAAAGCUCCUAUCCUUUGAUCAACAGUACAAGAAAGUCCUUCGGGAGGUUGGUGUGCUGGAAGUUCUGAUAGAUGAACUGAAGCAACACAAGUUUCUUCUGGGUCCUGAGCAACAUAAAGGUAACCCUGCUCAGUUGGAGAGAAAAUCCAGCUCAAGUAGCUUCAAGAAACACUUUGACAGUGAGGAUACUAUUAUUUCUUCACCCAAGCUUUUGGAAUCUGGUUCAGGGAAGUUUCCUAUUUUUGAAGUUGAGGGUACAAUUGCUGUAGCAUGGGAUUGUAUGGUCUCCUUGGUGAAGAAAGCUGAAGCUAAUCAAGCAGCAUUCAGAUCAGCCAAUGGUGUUACCACUUUUCUUCCUUUUUUGGUGUCUGAUUUCCAUCGUGCUGGUGUCCUUCGUGUAUUGUCAUGUUUGAUCGCUGAAGAUGUCAAACAAGUCCAUCCAGAAGAAUUAGGUUCGCUUGUUGAAGUUCUAAAAGGUGGAAUGGUUACUAGUGCUUUAGGACAUCAGUACAGGCUUCAAAGUGAUGCCAAAUGUGAUACAAUGGGAGCAUUGUGGCGUAUAUUGGGAGUUAACAAUUCAGCCCAAAAGGUGUUUGGCGAAUUCACUGGGUUUUCUCUUCUGCUAACCAUGCUUCAGAGUUUUCAAGGUGAAGGACAUCCAGAUGAAUCUUUUUUAAUGGUUUAUACCAAGGAGUUUACAUAUUUAUUGCGCUUGAUGACAGUUGGAGUGGUUGAUAAUAGCAUUAAUAGAAUGAAGUUACAUUCUAUCAUAUCAUCCCAAACUUUUUAUGAUCUUUUAUCUGAAUCUGGUCUGUUAUCUGUUGAUUGUGAAAAGCAAGUUAUACAGUUGUUGUUGGAACUUGCUCUUGAAAUUGUGCAUCCACCUUUCAUAACAUCUGAGAGUGGUAGACCAUCUGAUGUGGUUGAAUCUGAGUCAUCUUGUUUUCUGUUAACUACCCCUUCUGGUUUAUGUAAUCCUGAGAAGGAACGAGUGUAUAAUGCUGGUGCUCUUAAAGUUCUCAUCCGUUCACUGUUGUUUUUUACUCCAAAGGUGCAGUUAGAAGUGCUUAACCUCAUUGAGAGGCUAGCUCGUGCUGGUCCUUUCAAUCAGGAAAACCUUACCUCUGUAGGUUGUGUGGAACUUCUACUAGAGAUCAUUCACCCGUUUCUUUUUGGUUCAUCUCCUUUACUUUCUUAUGCUUUGAAGAUCGUGGAAGUUCUUGGGGCAUAUAGGUUGUCUGCAUCAGAACUCCGGGUGCUUAUAAGAUAUGCUAUACAAAUGAGAGUGAUGAACUCAGGCUAUUUUGUUGUGGAUAUGAUGGAGAGAUUAGUUCUCAUGGAAGAUAUGGUCUCAGAAGAUAUUUCUCUAGCACCAUUUGUAGAGAUGGAUAUGAGCAAGAUUGGGCAUGCUUCUAUUCAGGUGUCUCUUGGAGAAAGAUCUUGGCCUCCUGCUGCUGGAUAUUCCUUUGUAUGUUGGUUUUGGUUUCGAAAUUUAUUGAAUUCACAGUUAAAGGAAAUGGAACUGUCUAAAGUUGGGAGUUCUAAGAGGCGAAGUGGCUCUGGUGGGCAGAACCCUGAACGGCAGAUGGUCCGUUUAUUUUCUGUUGGUGCUGCUAAUAAUGUAAGCACUUUCUAUGCAGAACUUCUUCUGCAGGAGGAUGGUGUACUAACCCUUUCAACUAGCAAUUCUUCCUCUUUGUCAUUUUCUGGAUUAGAAUUGGAAGAAGGUAGGUGGCAUCACCUUGCUGUUGUUCAUAGUAAGCCAAAUGCUCUAGCUGGACUUUUUCAAGCCAGUGUUGCUUAUGUGUAUUUCAAUGGAAAGCUUAGGCACACAGGGAAAUUAGGAUAUUCUCCAUCUCCAAUUGGAAAACCUUUGCAGGUAACAAUUGGGACUCCGGUUACUUGUGCAAAUGUUAGUGAUCUUACUUGGAGACUUCGCUCUUGCUAUCUUUUUGAGGAGGUUCUUACAUCAGGAUGUAUUUAUUUUAUGUACAUUCUGGGUAGAGGAUACAGAGGGCUCUUCCAAGACUCAGAUCUUCUGUGUUUUGUGCCUAACCAAGCUUGUGGUGGUGGUAGUAUGGCCAUCCUAGAUUCCUUAGAUGCUGAAAUGACUUUGGCUCCUAACGCACAGAAGAUUGACCCUGCCAGCAAGAAAGGGGAUUCCAAGGCAGAUGGUAGUGGGAUUGUUUGGGAUUUAGAGAGACUGGGAAACCUCUCGUUGCAGCUCUCUGGGAAAAAACUUAUUUUUGCAUUUGAUGGAACAUGUACAGAAGCUAUUCGAGCUUUUGGUACCUUUUCCAUGCUUAAUCUGGUUGAUCCUACGUCUGCUGCCGCUUCUCCUAUAGGGGGUAUACCACGCAUUGGACGUCUUCAUGGGGAUAUCUACAUCUGUAGGCAGAGCUUGAUUGGUGAUACCAUUCGUCCUGUUGGUGGUGUAACUGUUAUCCUUGCUCUUGUUGAAGCAGCUGAAACCAGGGAUAUGCUUCACAUGGCCCUUUCAUUGCUUGCUUGUGCACUUCAUCAAAAUCCUCAGAAUGUAAGAGACAUGCAAACAUGCAGGGGCUACCAUUUGCUUUCUCUCUUUCUGCAUCAUAGAAUGUCAUUAUUUGAUAUGCACUCUCUUGAGAUCUUUUUUGAGAUUGCUGCAUGUGAAGCCUCAUUUUCAGAACCAAAGAAGCUUGAAGUUGGUCACGCUUUGUCACCUUCCACAAGUAUUCCAGAAGCUAGCUUUUCAGAACUUAGUUUGUCAAAAUUCCGUGAUGAAAUUUCGGCACUUGGGUCUUUUGGAGAUGUGGAUGAGUUUUCUCCACAAAAUGAUUCAUUUAGUCAUAUUUCUGGGCUUGAAAAUGUUGAUAUGCCAGUUGAAACCUCAAAUUGCAUUGUUUUGUCUAAUCCAGAUAUGGUUGAGCAUGUCUUGUUGGACUGGACAUUGUGGGUUGCAGCCCCAGUUAACAUUCAAAUUGCAUUGCUUGGUUUUCUUGAGCAUCUUGUGUCCAUGCACUGGUACAGAAAUCAUAACCUCACAGUUCUUCGCCAAAUUAACCUUGUUCAGCACUUACUUGUGACUCUACAGCGAGGUGAUGUUGAAGUUCCUGUACUGGAAAAAUUGGUUGUACUGCUUGGUGUCAUUUUGGAAGAUGGUUUUCUGGUCUCUGAACUUGAACAUGUGGUCAGAUUUGUUAUUAUGACAUUUGAUCCACCUGAACUGAAAUCACAGUGUCAGAUAAUGCGAGAGUCAAUGGGGAAACAUGUAAUUGUAAGGAAUAUGCUGUUGGAAAUGCUUAUUGAUCUUCAAGUAACCAUAAAACCGGAAGAAUUGCUUGAGCAGUGGCAUAAGAUCGUUUCAUCCAAAUUAAUAACAUAUUUUCUUGAUGAAGCUGUUCAUCCUACAAGUAUGAGAUGGAUCAUGACUCUACUUGGCGUGUGCCUUUCUUCUUCCCCUACAUUUUCUCUAAAAUUUCGCACUAGUGGAGGUUAUCAAGGUUUGGUGCGGGUACUUCAAAGUUUCUAUGACUCCCCCGAUAUAUAUUAUAUUUUAUUCUGUCUAAUAUUUGGUAAACCCGUUUACCCAAGACUACCAGAAGUUCGUAUGCUGGAUUUUCAUGCCCUGAUGCCAAGUGAUGGAGGAUAUGUGGAGUUGAAAUUUGUAGAACUGCUAGAGUCUGUGAUUGCUAUGGCAAAAUGCACUUUUGAUAGGUUGAGUAUUCAGGCAAUGCUUGCCCACCAAAAUGGAAAUUUUUCCCAGGUGGGUGCAGGUCUUGUGGCUGAACUUGUGGAGGGAAAUACAGAUAUGGCUGGAGAACUUCAAGGUGAAGCCCUGAUGCAUAAGACGUAUGCAGCACGUUUAAUGGGUGGGGAAGCAUCAGCUCCUGCUGCUGCAACCUCAGUCUUGCGAUUCAUGGUUGACCUAGCAAAGAUGUGUUCCCCAUUCUCUGCUGUCUGCAGACGUGCAGAAUUUCUUGAAAGCUGUGUUGAACUGUAUUUUUCCUGCAUCAGGUCUGCAUAUGCUGUGAAAAUGGCAAAAGCUCUCUCAGAAAAGACAGAAGAAAAGAAUAUCAAUGAUUCUGAUGAUGCCAGUAGUUCUUCAAAUACAUUUUCUAGCUUGCCUCAGGAACAAGAACAGUCUCUGAAAACGUCCAUUAGUAUUGGAAGCUUCCCCCAAGGGCAGGCAAGUACAAGCUCUGAAGAUAUGCCUGCAGACUCCAAUUAUAUAGCUGAUGAUAAAGUAGAGGUCAACGUUAACAUGGCCCAUCCAGAAUCAAACAAAUCAGUACUAGAAAAUGUCCAGACUGUUCAGAGCUUGGAUGGUGAUAAUUUUGACCAGGUUUCUGUUGCCUCAAGCUCCAAUAAUUCCAACAUCCAUAACAUUAAAGGUGCUAUGAAUCCUGUCCCACCAACAGAUUGCCAGAGUUCUGCAUCUCUCACUUUGAUAGAUACUCCCAUUUUAUCUGAGAAAUCUAAUUCCAGAGUUCUAAUUACACCAUCUCCUUCUCCAGUUAUUGCACUGACUUCUUGGUUAAGUUCAAACCACAGUGAAUCUAAAACACCCUUAGUUGCCACUCCUUCCAUGGAGUCUACUGUGUCUGUUGCCGGGUUUGAUCCAUCUUCAGGCUUGAAGUCUAGUUCUCACGGAGCCUCUUCUGCCAUUACAUGUUUUUCAGUCAGUCCAAACCUUCUCCUUGAAAUAGACGAUUCUGGCUAUGGUGGUGGUCCUUGUUCUGCUGGAGCAACUGCUGUGUUAGAUUUUAUGGCUGAAGUUCUCUCUGAUUUUAUGACUGAGCAAAUGAAAGCAGCUCAGGUUGUAGAGAGCAUUUUAGAGGUGGUUCCUUUUUACAUUGAUGCUGAAUCGGUGUUAGUUUUUCAGGGUUUGUGCCUCAGUAGAUUGAUCAACUUUCUUGAAAGGCGUCUGUUGCGUGAUGAUGAAGAAGAUGAGAAAAAGCUAGAUAAGAGCCGUUGGUCUUCAAACUUAGAUGCUUUGUGCUGGAUGAUAGUGGAUCGUGUAUAUACAGGUGCUUUUCCUCGGCCAGCUGCUGUUCUAAAAACAUUAGAGUUCUUGCUAUCGAUGUUACAGUUGGCAAAUAAGGAUGGCCAGAUUGAAGAAGCAUCUCCUGGUGGAAAGGGUCUUUUAUCUAUCGGAAAAGGAAGCAGGCAACUUGAUGCUUAUGUACAUUCAAUUUUAAAGAACACAAAUCGAAUGACAUUGUAUUGCUUCCUUCCAUCAUUCUUGGCCAACAUUGGAGAAGAUCAUCUCCUCUCAAGCUUAGGUGUGCUUAUUGAACCUAAGCAGAAAUCUUCCUCAAGCUUUUCAAAAGAAGAUUCAGCAGUUGAUAUCUGUACAGUUUUACAGUUAUUAGUUGCUCACAGAAGAAUUAUAUUCUGUCCCAGCAAUCUUGAUACUGAUCUAAAUUGCUGUCUUUGUGUGAAUUUAAUAUCACUUCUCCAUGAUCAAAGGCAAUAUGUGCAAAACAUGGCAGUUGAAUUAGUGAAGUAUUUGCUGGUCCAUCGCAGGGCUGCAUUUGAAGAAUUGCUUGUCUCAAAACCAAAUCAAGGACAGCACCUGGAUGUACUACAUGGUGGUUUUGACAAAUUAUUGACUGGAAGUUUAUCUGCUUUCCUUGAGUGGCUUCAGAACUCUGAGCAGACUGUCAAUAAAGUGUUGGAACAGUGUGCUGCCAUUAUGUGGGGACAGUAUAUAUCUGGAUCAGCAAAGUUUCCUGGAGUAAGGAUGAAAGGCAUGGAGGGCCGCCGCAAGAAGGAAAUGGGGAGAAGAUCAAAGGAUACUGCAAAACUAGAUUUGAGGCACUGGGAGCAGGUAAAUGAACGGAGAUAUGCGCUGGAGUUGGUCCGUGAUGCAAUGUCUACUGAGCUGAGAGUUGUUCGUCAAGAUAAGUAUGGAUGGGUUCUCCAUGCUGAAAGUGAGUGGCAAACACAUCUCCAGCAACUUGUACAUGAGCGGGGAAUGUUUCCUAUGAAUAAAACCUCCGCAACUGAAGAUCCUGAGUGGCAGCUUUGUUCCAUUGAAGGUCCAUACAGGAUGCGUAAAAAGCUUGAACGCUGCAAAUUGAGAAUUGAUAGCAUCCAAAAUGUCCUUGAUGGACAUUUGAAUUUAGUUGAAGCAGAGUUUCCCAAGGCAAAAAAUCAAGGUGGUCCUUAUGCAUCAGAUAUUGAUUCUGAAUCAUUCUUCCAUCAUUUAACUGACAGUGGAAAGCAGGAAGAAGGUGUUGUCACUGAGCUGUAUUGUGACUCAAUUUUGAAAGAACCAGAAGAUGUGAAAGAUGUAGCUUCUGUUAGGAAUGGCUGGAAUGAUGACACAGCUAGUAGUAUAAAUGAAGCAAGUCUUCACUCAGCACUUGAGUUUGGCGGCAAAUCAAGUUCAGUUUCUGUUCCAAUAUCAGAGAGUGUACAAGAAAAAUGUGACAUAGGAUCUCCAAGGCAAUCUUCAUCUGCCAAACUGGUUGAAGGAAAGAGUCCAGAGGAUAAAGCAUUUAAGGAGCUUCUUGAUAAUGGUGAAUAUUUAAUCAGACCUUAUCUGGAACCUCUUGAGAAGAUAAGAUUCAGAUAUAACUGUGAAAGGGUUGUAGGUCUUGAUAAAAAGGAUGGUAUAUUUCUGAUAGGGGAGCUUUCUUUGUAUGUGAUUGAGAAUUUUUAUAUUGAUGACUCUGGGUGCAUUUUUGAAAAGGAAUUCGAAGAUGAACUUUCUGUUAUUGAUCUGGCCUUGGGUGUAAAAAAAGAUGUUUCUUGCAGUACAGAUUUCCAGUCCAAGCCAACUUCAUCUUGGAGCGCAUCAGCAAAGACAUAUGUUGGGGGAAGGGCAUGGGCCUAUAGUGGCGGUGCUUGGGGAAAGGAGAAGGUGUGCACCAGUGGUAAUUUACCUCAUCCUUGGCGUAUGUGGAAACUUAAUAGUGUUCAUGAGAUUUUAAAGCGUGAUUACCAGCUACGACCUGUUGCCGUUGAAAUAUUUAGCAUGGAUGGAUGUAAUGAUCUUCUGGUGUUCCACAAAAAAGAGAGAGAAGAAGUGUUUAAGAAUCUUGUUGCCAUGAAUCUCCCAAGAAACAGCAUGCUGGACACAACCAUUUCAGGUUUGACUAAACAGGAAAGCAGUGAGGGCAGUCGUCUUUUUAAAAUAGUGGCUAAAUCUUUCUCAAAAAGGUGGCAAAAUGGAGAGAUCAGCAAUUUCCAGUACCUCAUGCAUCUCAAUACCUUAGCAGGACGUGGCUACAGUGACCUGACACAGUAUCCAGUCUUUCCUUGGGUUCUUCAAGAUUAUGAGAGUGAUGAUCUUGACUUGUCAAAUCCAAAAACCUUUCGUAAGCUUGACAAACCAAUGGGUUGUCAAACACUAGAGGGAGAAGAGGAGUUUAAGAGAAGACAUGAGAGCUGGGAUGAUCCUGAAGUCCCCAAAUUUCAUUAUGGUUCACAUUAUUCUAGUGCUGGAAUUGUUCUCUUUUAUCUUCUUCGUCUACCACCAUUCAGUGCAGAGAAUCGGAAGCUACAGGGUGGUCAGUUUGAUCAUGCUGAUCGACUUUUUAAUAGUGUUAGAGAUACUUGGUCAAGUGCAUCUGGAAAGGGUAACACAUCUGAUGUGAAGGAAUUGAUUCCAGAAUUCUUCUACAUGCCUGAGUUUUUGGAAAAUAGGUUCAAUCUCGACUUGGGAGAGAAGCAAUCAGGGGAGAAGGUUGGUGAUGUCAUCUUACCUCCUUGGGCCAGAGGCAGUGCAAGAGAGUUCAUAAGGAAGCAUAGGGAAGCACUGGAAUGUGAUUAUGUUUCAGAAAAUCUUCAUCAUUGGAUAGAUCUCAUCUUUGGUUAUAAACAGAGAGGGAAGGCAGCUGAAGAAGCUGUGAAUGUUUUCUAUCAUUACACAUACGAGGGAAGUGUGGAUAUAGAUUCAGUUACAGAUCCCACAAUGAAAGCAUCUAUACUAGCACAAAUUAACCAUUUUGGGCAAACUCCCAAGCAACUAUUCCUCAAGCCUCAUGUGAAAAGGCGGAUUGACAGAAAGCUUCCUCUUCAUCCUCUCAAGCAUUCUGUCCACCUUGUUCCACAUGAAAUACGCAAGAGUUCAUCUUCCAUUACUCAGAUAGUUAAUGUCCACGAGAAAGUUCUUGUGGCAGGGACAAACAAUUUGCUGAAGCCUAGAGCAUAUAUCAAAUAUGUAGCAUGGGGUUUUCCAGACCGUAGCUUGAGAAUUAUGAGCUAUGAUCAAGACAGACUCCUCUCCACUCAUGAGAAUCUUCACGGGGGCUACCAGGUUCAGUGUGUUGGUGUCAGCCAUGAUGGUCAAAUUUUGGUCACUGGUGCUGAUGAUGGGUUAGUUUCUGUUUGGAGAAUCAAUAAGGUUGGGCAGCGUUUGUUACAACACUUGAAAUUGGAGAAGGCACUUUCUGCCCAUACGGCUACAGUUACAUGCCUUCAUGUUAGCCAGCCCUACAUGCUUAUUGUGAGUGGGUCUGAUGACUGCACUGUUAUUAUAUGGGACCUUAGCUCUUUGUGUUUUGUUAGGCAACUCCCUGAGUUCCCUGCACCAGUUUCAGCAGUUUAUGUGAAUGACUUGACUGGGGAAACAGUGACAGCUGCUGGAAUUUUGCUUGCUAUUUGGAGCAUCAAUGGGGACUGCCUUGCCGUGAUUAACACAUCCCAACUGCCCUCUGAUUCCAUUCUCUCAGUGACAAGCUGUACGCUUUCUGAUUGGCUGGACACAGAUUGGUAUGUGACAGGUCACCAGAGUGGAGCUGUUAAAGUAUGGAAAAUGAUCCACUGCUCCGAGGAAGAGAGUGCCCAUUCUCAAAGCAAGUCAGGUAGCAAUGAGACAGGGGGUUUAGAUUUGGGUGGUAAGUCAACAGAGUACAGGUUGGUCCUCCACAAGGUACUGAAGUUUCAUAAGCAUCCAGUCACUGCCCUUCACAUCCCGAAUGACCUUAAACAGUUACUGAGCGGUGAUUCUGCUGGGCAUUUGGUAUCUUGGACACUACCAGAUGAUAGCUUAAGAAUUUCAUUUAAUCAGGGGUGAAAACAUAAAAACAACACUUUGUGAUAAUUUCAGCUCGAGGCAGCUAUUUGAUUAUUUAUCAAAACUGCGAAUGGGUUUUGAGACCUGGGGGAAAAUUCAAUUGUGUAUUCAUAAUAGAUGGAGAAGGGAAACCAAGGCAACAGAGCUGGCCCCAGAUUUAUACAGAGAAAAUUGGAGAAAUGAAGCCUGUUGCAGAUUUGGAUGAUUCUUCAAAAGUCAGAUUAGUGUGAGACCUAGCACGGUGUGUGUACAAGUGUCUCAAUCUCGGAGUUGAGAGGGUGAAAAGGUAGGUCUUAUUUUUGUUGUAUUUUGGGUGAUGAAAUGGAAGGAUGUUUUCUGAUUUGGAACAAAGAUGUUAGUCGUCCACAACUGUGCAGGUGGGUUUUGAUGUAAAUAGAUGGAAUUACUAACAGCGUGUGAAGAACUCGUAUAGCGGAAAAAUGUGCCAUGAGUGAGCAUUAGGAGUAUGAGCAGAAGUUUGGCUGUAAUUCUUUUUGCACAGUGGAGUUGGCAACUCAAAGCCCAUUUCUCGUUAAGAACCAUGUCUCUGUCCAGCGCAUUGGUUAAUUCUUGUUCUCGUUUUGUACUCUCUCUUCAUGGUGUUGCCAUAAAUCGCUUCAUGACUCUUUUUUGGGGACCCAAUUAGUAGAAGAGAAUCAAACCUAGAAGUUGUUAUAAUUGGGUUAGCAUAGUUGGAAAGUGUCUUAUUUUUUUUAAUGAGGUCAUAAUGUAAUUGUAAUUUCAUAGUGAGAUUGUUAAUCCUUAUAAUUAGAGUAAUUUUACCUACAUAGGUAAGCUGUUAUGGUUACAUACAUUCGGUAUGAUAUGGAUAGAAAACCAUACAUAUCUUAGAGUUUAUUGAAAAUUGGUAUAAUGCGAUACAUAUAUUGUAUGAUACAAUAUGUAGUAGUCUGUAUUAGUAAUUUUAUAAUAUGAAACGAUACAUCUUUUUAAAGAA